CACAUUUAUCAAUGAUAUGAAUGCAUCAAAUAAUGAAGAGAUAUCUGUAGUCAAAUGGAAAUUUAAUGAAUAUGAAGUACAUAUUACUGUGAUGUUAUUUUUAUUAUCAGUAGUAUUUAUUAAAAUUGCAUAUCAUCAUAUACCAUAUAUAUCAUCUUAUGUACCAGAAUCACUUAUACUUAUUAUUAUUGGUAUUCUAUUUGGUGUAAUAGUACGUUAUGGUAUUGAUCAAGGUUCUAUUAAAAUUAUAUCAUGGAAAUUUACACCGGAAAUAUUUUUUAAUUAUUUAUUACCACCAAUUAUAUUAGAAUCUGCAUAUGGUUUAUAUAAUCGUACAUUUUCUGAAUAUCUUGGUACUGUUAUGUUAUUUGCUGUACUUGGUACAAUAUUUAAUUUUUUAAUUAUUGGUUUUAUUAUGUAUGGUUUAUAUAUUGGUGGUGCAUUAGGUUAUCCAGAGAUUACAUUAGAUUUAAGUAGUUUUUUAUUAUUUAGUUCAUUAAUUGUUGCUAUAGAUCCUGUUGCUGUCUUAGCUAUCUUUCAAGAUAUUGGAUUAGAAUUAAAUUUAUAUUAUAUUGUAUUUGGUGAAUCAUUAUUAAAUGAUGCUAUUACUGUUGUAUUAUAUGAAAUUAUGAUUGCAUUUACUGGUAAAGAGAUUGUUACUGGUAAAGAGAUUGGGAUUGGGAUUGCAUCAUUUUUUACUGUUAGUUUUGGUGGUCUACUGAUUGGUGUUAUAUUUGGUAUUAUAACAUGUUUAAUUACAAGAAUACGUAGUCAUUUAGCUGUAUUUACAAUAUUAUUAUUAGCCUAUUUUUCUUAUAUUAUGGCAAAUUGUGUUGGUUGGUCUGGGAUUAUCUCAAUGAUUGCUUGUGGUUUAAUUCAAACAGCAUAUGCAUUUCAUAAUGUUGAUUCACAAACACGUAUUACAGUACAUAAUUUUGUAAGAGUUAUUGCAGAAAUUAGUGAAUCUGUUAUAUUUUUAUUCUUAGGUAUAUCUAUUAUUAGUGAAACAUUAAAAUGGCAUACAGGUUAUAUAUUAUGGUCAUUAUUCAUAUGUAUAAUAGCCCGUUGUAUUAUUGUAUUAAUUAUGACAUCUAUUGUAAAUAUUAUUAAUAUAGAUGAUAUUAAAAUUACAAUUAAAGAACAAAUUGUAUUAAUUUAUGGUGGUUUACGUGGUGCAAUUGCAUUUUCAUUAGCUAUAUUAAUACCAUCUAAUAUAUUAGGUAAAAAUGGUGAUGACAAUCAAAGUUUACUUGUUACUACGACAUUAUUUAUUAUCUUAUUUACUGUGGGUAUUAUGGGUAUUACCAUGAAACCAUUAGUAAAACUAUUACAUAUACGUAUGGAACAUAAAAAGAUUAUUAGUUUAUUUCAAUCAUUAAACGAUAGUAUUAUUGAUGAAUUAUUAACUGGUAUUGAAUUAAUUAUUAAUUGUAAACGUCGUAAUGUAUUAAGAGAUUUUAUUAAACAUAUUGAUGAGAAAUAUAUUCGACGUAUAUUACAAAAUAAUCCAGAAUAUUAUAAUGAGAAAUUAUUUAAAAUUUAUGAGAAAAUUUCAUUACGUUUACAUUAUGCCACUAUACGUCCAAUACAAUCGAAAUGUUUAUUAACGGAUUUACCAGAAUCUAUUAUACAUAAAUAUUUAAUGAAUCAAUUAACACCGAACAAUAAUCAUUAUAUCACUAUUCAUAAUAAUAAUAAUAAUAAUAAUAAUAAUGAUACAAGGGCUAGUAACUAUUCCGUUAAUGAUAUACUGAAUACUUAUCCAGAUGAUAUGAUUGAUAAUAAUAAUAAUAAUAAUAAUAAUAAUAAUAAUAAUAAUAAUAAUAAUAAUAGUCAUAGUAAUAAUAAUGAACAAUAUGAAAGAAUAAAACAAUUACUUCAACAUAGAAACUCAUCUAUCAUAAAUAAUCAAUUAGGGGAUAGAGAUAGAAUCAAUCAAUCAAUCAAUAAUAAUAAUAAUAAUAAUAAUAUUGAUCCACAACAAAUGAAUUCAUUAACUGAAACAAUGAUCAUAAGAAAUGCUAAACGUAAAUCAAUAUUACCAAAUAUAAUAGAACAACAAACAGAAUUUAAUGAUGAAUUUGUAAAUAUUUUAUUACAACGUAAUCGUGAAUUAAUGUUAAAAUUAAAAAAACAAACUAAAUCAAAAUUAUCUAAACAUCAAAUACCGAUUACAACAUCAUCACCAUCGUCGUCGUCAUUUACACCUCCAUCAGUAUUACCUUCAAUAUCAAUAUCAAUGCCAUAUGAAAUGACUAAUAAUAAUAGAUCAUUAAGAAAUAUAAAUAAUACAAAUAUUAUAUUGAAUGAAAUAAAUGAAGAAAAUCAACAACAACAACCAUCACAAUACACAACUCAAACUGUGAUCCAUGAUAAACGGCAUAAAAAGUCACUUUAA